UUUCACAGACUACGUUGGUUCGGGCAUGUGUUACGCAUGUUGCUGGAUAGGUUGCAACGAGUGCACUUUAUUCAUCCAAUGUUGACAGAAUUUUCAUUCUCUAAUUUCCUAUUUCAUCCCCAAUUUUCAUUCAUUCAGGUGGAUACUAUACUCACCUGGUUCAAAGUUCCAGAAGUGAUUGAGAAAUAUUUCCCCGGCGGAAUUUGCGGCCACGACAAACUCGGACGUCCGUUAUUCAUCGCCCCAGUCGGUUGCCUUGACCCGAAAAGUUUUCUGAAAUGUAUCACGCGUACAGAGUUUCUCCAGAGUCGAGUGUACGAAUUGGAACACAUCAUGAAAGUUGUCUUUCCGCAAGCCUCGGCUCGAGCAGGACGUCUCAUCGAUCAGCUAUCUGUGAUCAUGGACAUGCAAGGUCUUGGAUUAAAACACAUGUCUCCCAGUUUACUUACUAUUGUCUCCGAAUCGGUCACCGUACUUGAGUCCAAUUAUCCCGAAGUGUUGGGCACCUGCUUUGUUGUCAAUGCUCCACCACUCUUCAGUCGCCUUUAUGCCUUUAUCAAACCUUUGCUCAGUCGCGAAACACAGGAAAAGGUUCAGGUUUCGAUAUGUUGGAAUUCCGAUAUUCGGAUUUUUUCAAUGUACUCACAGAAAACAUCACUUGUUUCCUUCAGAGGAACAUUCAUAAAUAGUGAACUAACAUCCAACGGGAAUAUACGCCUGUGGCUUACUUCACCAUAUAUACACGAUAUAUCGCAUGCUUUAUCGUGUAUAUUCAAAAUAAGGAAUGGUCUGAUCGGCUGCCCGGUGGUCGAGCGGAUAGUAUGUGUGCGUUCUACCUGUGAGGUCCCGGGUUCGGUCCCCAAUUGA